CAGCAGUCCAGUGACCAGAGCCGCAGUCGGACGUCGGAGACAGGAAGCGCGAACCGCUGGAGUCGGGCCGCGCGACCCGUAACCAGAGUCGGGAGACUCCUCGCAGCACGCGGAGGCGAACGAGAAAUCAGUGUCAUGGCGGAACAGGAUGUGGAAAAUGAGCUUCUGGAUUAUGAAGAAGAUGAAGAGCCCCAGGCUCCUCCAGAGAAUGCUCCAGCUCCCAAGAAAGAUGUCAAGGGUUCCUAUGUUUCUAUCCACAGCUCUGGCUUCCGGGACUUUCUACUGAAGCCAGAGCUCCUGAGGGCCAUAGUGGACUGUGGCUUCGAGCAUCCAUCUGAGGUCCAGCACGAAUGUAUUCCACAAGCCAUCCUGGGCAUGGACGUCCUAUGCCAGGCCAAGUCAGGCAUGGGCAAGACUGCAGUUUUUGUACUGGCCACCCUGCAGCAGAUUGAGCCCGUCAAUGGACAGGUGACAGUCCUAGUAAUGUGCCACACUCGGGAGCUGGCCUUCCAGAUUAGCAAGGAGUACGAGCGCUUCUCCAAGUACAUGCCUAGUGUCAAGGUGUCUGUGUUCUUUGGGGGCCUUUCUAUCAAGAAGGAUGAAGAAGUUUUGAAGAAGAAUUGUCCCCAUGUCGUGGUGGGGACGCCGGGUCGGAUCCUGGCACUUGUGCGGAACAGGAGCCUAAACCUGAAGAAUGUCAAACACUUCGUGUUGGAUGAGUGUGACAAGAUGCUGGAGCAGUUGGACAUGAGGCGGGAUGUGCAGGAGAUCUUCCGCCUGACACCGCACGAGAAGCAGUGCAUGAUGUUCAGUGCUACCCUGAGCAAGGAGAUCCGGCCCGUCUGCAGGAAGUUCAUGCAAGAUCCCAUGGAAGUGUUUGUGGACGACGAAACCAAGCUCACGCUACAUGGACUGCAGCAAUACUAUGUCAAACUGAAGGACAGUGAGAAGAACCGCAAGCUUUUCGACCUCCUGGAUGUGUUGGAGUUUAACCAGGUGGUGAUAUUUGUGAAGUCUGUGCAGCGCUGCAUGGCUCUGGCCCAGCUCCUUGUGGAACAGAACUUCCCAGCCAUUGCUAUCCACAGGGGCAUGGCCCAGGAGGAGCGCCUGUCACGCUAUCAGCAGUUCAAGGACUUCCAGCGGCGGAUCCUGGUAGCCACCAAUCUGUUUGGCCGAGGGAUGGACAUUGAGCGCGUCAACAUUGUCUUCAAUUAUGACAUGCCCGAGGACUCAGACACCUACCUCCACCGGGUAGCCCGUGCGGGUCGCUUUGGUACCAAAGGCCUGGCCAUUACUUUCGUGUCUGAUGAGAAUGAUGCCAAAAUCCUCAAUGACGUCCAGGAUCGGUUUGAAGUGAAUGUGGCAGAGCUUCCAGAAGAAAUUGACAUCUCCACGUACAUUGAACAGAGCCGGUAACCACAUGCCCUGAUGGCCUGGAGCCACCUUGCAUCCCACGUGCUGCUUCAAGUUCUCUUUCUAGGCAACAGUGGGCCUUUCUUUUUACUGUUUAAAAACUGUAGAUUUGUGUAAGAAUAAAUUUUUAUUAUGGAAGCCAGGCUCCCACCGUGUCUGUGUUCUGUCACCUCACAGUAUUUCAUGGACACCAAGGGCCUGGUUAGCGAGCCCCUAGCCAGCAAGCAGUGCCACCUUCAAUAUCAGCAUGAUAUUUAAUUUUAAGUGUCAACACUGACAGGUUUAUACAGAUAAAAAAAAAAAAAAAAAACA